CCACCCGCUCCCUGCCCCGCUCCCAUCGAUCAACCCCCCGAAGCUGACUUCUUCUCCCUUCGCACGCUCUCACGUUGGGGGAGAAGGGGGUUCGCAGAAUCAAGGGCGACGAUACCUCCGGCCCGACUCCGUCUCCGGCGUGUAAGAGCCUGACCUCGAUCAGCGAUCUCCAGGUCCGCGCAAUUCAGCAAGUCGCGGAUGAAGUGGACAAGGAGUACCAGAAUCUUCUGAGCAGAUCAAUGAAACUUGAACAUCUUUGAAGCCUCGCCGUCCUCCAUCGCGGUCCCUCUGGAUCGCCUGCUCUUCCUCUGGCCCUCCCUCACCGUGGCGGCAUUGCCUUCGCUCCCCGGUCUCGCCUCCACCCUCCAUCAUCUUCUUCAACGAUUCUCUCCCUUGGAUGGGCGCGUCGGAACAUGUCAAAAAAAGUUGAUCAAAGUUGACCACGUAUUGAAAAAUCCGACACGCAGUCAAUGUGUGUCGGAGCAUGUUGUGUCGUGGUACACGAUACGCUUCGACACGUGUUGGACACGACACGGAAGCUCCGGCGAUGACGCUGAGUGAAAUUUGAACAGCGGCGAGGAAUAGCCCCCCGUUGAACACUCAAUGGAGAUGUAGUCUUCUGAAAACCCUCGUGUUUCAGCCCCCUUUGAGCACAAAGGCCUCUUGGCUCACAGGAAAUCUCGUUCAUCUAUCCUUAAAUCUGCAGAACGUGCAGACUCAACCGACCCACCGAACUCACUAGGUUCAUUCAGUCAUUCUUAUCAUGCGGCUCAUGAUUUCUUGGUGCUCUUGCUUGGUCAUCUUCUGCCUACUUCAGGCAAGUCAUAAGGCCAGCGGUGUAGCUUACAAUAUUACUCCAUCGGAGCCGCUCUUUCCGAACCAAACUCUCGUCUCCUCUGGCAAUAUAUUCGAGCUUGGGUUCUUCACGCUGAACGGGUCAGAAAAUCAGUAUGUUGGCAUAUGGUACAAGAACUUGAGGCCUUCUAAGAUCGUGUGGGUGGCCAAUAGGGAACGGCCGCUUGUGUACACAGAUCGGUCUGCAAAAUUAACGAUAGGCAGUGAUGGGAAUUUGAAGCUCAUGGAUGGACAAGAAAGUAUAGUUUGGUCUACCAAUGUCUCUGGUCGGUCCAAUUAUACGUUGGCGGUGCUAUUUGAUAGUGGGAAUUUUGUUCUGAAAGAUGGAAAUUAUGGCGAAAUAUGGAGAAGCUUUGACGAUCCGACCGACACUCUUCUUCCAACAAUGAAGAUAGGAGUAAAUGUCAGGACUGGAGUGAAAAAGUCUUUAAUUUCCUGGAGAAGCGACAGUGAUCCAUUCCCUGGAAGUUUCUCGACAGGAGUGACAUCCGAGACGCCACCUCAAGCUUUCACUUGGAAUGGUUCGACCCCUUACCGGAGAAGCGGGCAAUGGGACAAAGCGAAAUUUAUGGGCCUCCCAACCAUGGACCAAUCAUACGGGAGUGGCUGCACUGUCGAGCAGGAUGCUCAGCAGGGAACCACUUACUUUUCGAUAAAUAGAUACGAUGUCUUUGUAUAUAUGUUCAUUUCUCCCGGAGGAUCUCUCACGAUAAUGCGCUGGGAUGAUGGAGCUAAGGCAUGGUUGACGGAAUGGGCAGCAGCGAACGAUACUUGUGCAAUUUAUGGAACUUGUGGUCCAUUUGGAGUUUGUAACUCAUUGAAUUCGCCUAUUUGCAGAUGCAUAGAUGGGUUUGUGCCAAAGUCAAAUGAAGAAUGGAAUAGUGGAAACUGGACGAGAGGAUGUGUAAGAGAGAUGGAAUUGAAUUGCAAGAAAAACACAAGCACAUCGACUUCUACAAAUAUAAAGGAGGAUGCAUUUUGGCAAAUGAGCCAGAUGAAACUACCCGACUCUGGGGACUAUGUAUCAGACGUUGAAGAUGAAGAAGGAUGUGAAAGCUGGUGCCGGAGCAAUUGUUCUUGCUUGGCUUAUUCUUAUGUCAGCAACAUUGGGUGUAUGGUUUGGAAUAAAGACCUAAUUGAUCUACAGGAAUUUCCCAGAGCUGGGGAAGAUCUUUCUGUUCGAGUUGCACAUGUAAAAGCAGGAGGAUUGCGACACAAAGCAGUUAUCAUCAGCCUGAGUACUAUUGCAGGGAUUAUGUUCUUUGCAGUAUAUGUUUUUGUUCUUUGCAAAUGGAGAGCUAACAAAACAGGAAAUGCAUGGCAAGAGCAGUUGAAGCAAGAUGAUUCACGGGAAUUGACCCUCUAUAGCUUUGAUAGCAUACUACUUGCUACAAAGAAGUUCAGCACGACAAGUAAACUUGGGCAAGGAGGGUUUGGCUCUGUUUAUAAGGGGAAGCUGAAAGAUGGGAAAGAGGUAGCUGUGAAAAGACUUUCCAGUACCUCAGCCCAAGGCGUUGAAGAGUUCAAGAAUGAGAUCAUCCUUAUAUCGAAACUCCAACAUCGAAAUCUUGUUAAACUCAUGGGUUACUGCAUUGAAGGAGAAGAAAAGAUUUUGGUAUACGAGUACUUAUCGAAUAAGAGCUUGGACACCUUUCUUUUUGAUUCAGGAAAGAAGGCAGAACUUGACUGGGGCAAACGAUUUCAAAUAAUUCAGGGGAUUGCAAGGGGGCUGCUCUACCUCCAUCAAGAUUCUUGCCGUAGGGUCAUACAUCGAGACUUGAAAGUAAGCAACAUUCUCUUGGAUGAAAAGAUGAACCCGAAAAUUUCAGAUUUUGGGCUAGCACGAAUGUUUGAGGGCACUCAAGUUUUGGUGAACACACGAAAAAUUGUUGGAACACUUGGCUAUAUGUCUCCUGAGUAUGCCAUGGGUGGAAUAUUUUCCGAGAGGUCUGAUGUCUAUAGCUUCGGAGUGUUGCUACUGGAGAUAGUAAGCGGCAAAAAGAACACGUCCCUGUAUGACCAGGGAUAUAUGAAUCUCCUUUCCUACGCAUGGCAAUUGUGGAGUGAUGGCAAAGCAUUGGACCUAAUGGAUGUAGCAAUGGCUGUUAGCUUUCCUUUGGAGAUAACAAGAUGCAUCCAUGUUGGGCUUCUCUGUGUUCAGGACCAUGCCACGGAUAGACCAAACAUGUCGAAUGUGGUUCUGAUGUUAAGUGGCGAGUCAGAUCUUCCUCAGCCGAGGCAGCCUAUGUUCACUUUCCAAGCCGAAAGGCCAAAUCGUUCUAUUCCACCACAGCAAGAAAGCAUCCGGUCUGUUAACACUAUCACCAAUACAUUGGUCGAAGGAAGAUGACGACUAUUUAUUUUCAUUUUUAUUUUCCUUUUUUUGGAGAUGAUUUUCUUGUUAUUUUUUAAGAUUUUAGCGUUAAUUCAAUUCAAAGAUGGCCUUAGUCCACUAUGAACAAAAGGUCGAAUGGGCUGCUCCACUUUAUACAUGGAUUUUAGGCUGCAAAGUAGGGGUUUAAAAUGUAUACUUUUUUGACAGAACAUAAUCGACGCAGCAAUUUGUUCUAAUUUACAGUA